AUGACGGCUGUGCUUUCCCCGACGGACCAUUUUCGAAGGGACAAAGUCAACUCAAUGGACGACAAACAGCUCGAUUACGCCUCCUCGUCUGUGGACUGGCGGGAGAAGUAUAAUGAAGUCGCGGACAUGCUUGCGGAGACCCGUGUUGAACUCGACGAAUUCCAUGCAGCCAGUAAGGAACUCGAAGCAGAGCUUGAAAACGAGCUGCAACGCACGGAGAAGGCGCACCAGGACCUCAAGAUUAAGGUGGCAAAGGCAGAGAACGAGAGAGACGACUGGAAGAGUAAAUUCAUGACCUUGCAAACGAAUUUCAACACGACGACGACAUCCCUUCAACGCGAGCUUGACAAACUACGGCAAGAACAUCAGCACCUCAAGAUUCAACUUCGAGAGCUAGAAAUGGGCAACGACGAUUUGGAGCGCAACGAACGCGCAGUAACCUCUAGCUUGGCGGAUGUGGAGGCCAAGUAUUCGAAGGCAUUGGAAGAGAAGAUUCUAUUGGAACAUGAACUACUAGAUAAGGCUAAUGUGGAAGAGGAAUUACAGCGGCUUAAGGAUGAGCUUCGAGACGCAAACGUCGAGGUUGCCAUACUCAAGGAUCAGCUUGAAGUGGCAUCCGUUCCUGUCGUCACGCCGCCUACGGAGAUUGUACCCACCAUUCCAUCCAGCACAUCUGCCUCUAGUCUGCCAUCGAAACCACUAUCAUGCGGCGACAAUCUACCCACGGCAGAGACACCUCGAGCGAAAGUUACACAACGACCCGCUCAGUCUGUGCUAUUACAGCGCGCCGGUUUCCCGUCGAGCAAGUCAGAGUUCUCCCCGUCAAGUGGUAUUGCGCGCUCAAGCACGCUCCCCGUCUUUGGCUCCCCCUCCGCCAGCCCUCGUACUCCAACCACUCGCCGCUUAUCCCCCGUCCGUGUCACCUCCUACGCCUCUACCAACUCUACCACUAGCGCUACUUCCACCGCGACCAGUAGGAGCAAGACCAUGCAAAUGGCAUCUGCUAUCCGCGCCAAGAUGGAGAACAGCCUACAAAAAUCGUUCACUCGGGUACCGCGCCUCCGUAAACCGAGUGUUAUGGGUCGCAGCAACGUGUUUGCCGUCCCUUCAUUAGACGGACGCUCUUCUGGCAAAUCAUCCAAGUCCAAUAGCAUAGACGAGAAUGGGGUUUCUACAUCAACUGUACACCGAAGCAUCGACUCGCGGCGUUCGAACGACAGCGGUAACGAGAAAGGGAAGAAUAAGGAUUCCACUGGGUGGGUACUCAUCAUGGAAGACUCUCCUUCGCCUCCGAAAGAUAGAAGUCGCGACAGAAGACGAACUUCAAGUCCUUCUGGUCGCGCAUAUCGCCCCGAAGCCAGCUCAAGCAAUAACCCCUCCCCGACUCUCAUGAACCGAGGCAAUCCACUCACUGUCAGCACUAUGAAUACGGGUAUCAAGAGACCACAAUCGCGCUUGUCUGGUGCUAGUCUUAGCACUACCACUAGCACAAGCUCGAUCCCCACACCGACAUCUCGACCCUCCACCCCCACCUUCUUGCCAGUGCCUAUCGGAAGCUUAUAUUCGCAGUCUACAACACCUGGUUUGGCUGGCCUCAAGCGAUCAACAGGGCCAGGACUUAACGGACCUUACUCCAAGCGGUCAUCUCUUGGGUCAACGGCAACGCCUCCGGAAACAACGCCACGCGAGAGGCCCUUGACAAUGCCAGUCCCUCCACGCUCAAACUCUGGCACACCGUCGUCAAUGGCAAGCUCACGCAGUGAUAGAUCAGAUCCUGGUAAGGCUUUGCCGCGCCUUCCUUCCCUACACGCCAACGUGACGAUGCGUCAGUCAACAAGGCUUCCCAUGACGUCUUCGGGCAACAUUCUAGCUCAAAGCCGGAUCGGCCGGCCCAGUGGGGGAGGAGGAAUUGGUGGGCGGCGUAGUGCAGGAGAUUCAGAUGGAUUGUUGGAUUUGAAGAAGGAUACACGACCGCGGGCGGGCAGCGCGACUGCGUUGUAUGGCAAGUGA